ACGCUCCUCGAGAAGGCGCGCGGCGCCCUCGAGGAGAUUGAGGCCCUCGAGUCCCUGGCCGUGGAGACGAUGAGCGGCAAGGUGAGCGGCGCCAAGGCGUCCAUGGAGCGCGACGGCGUGCUGAGCAACGUCGUCGACGGCAUGGCCAAGUCCGCCGAGGCUUUGACGCUGCUCUACGCGGACCGCGACGGCGCCUACCGCGAGGAAGUGGGCCGCAUGCGCGGCGUCGGCGUGUUCACGAAUUUCUACGGCGCGCUCAAGGAGACGCGCGAGUACUACGCGCGGUUCGCGCGGAACGCGGCCUUCGGCGCGGCGGCGGGGGGCGCGCGGAGCGCCGUCGAGGCGGCGAAGACCGUCGAGACGCAGUUCAGCGGCGAGGAGAUGUGGGGCAAGUACCUCGACCUCGGCCGGCUCCACCGCCAGUUCUGCAACGUGCCCGGCGCGCCCGGCGGCAUCGCCCUGGAGUAUGUCGCGUACCUGCGCAUGCUCGCGUCCGUGCCCUUCGGGGAACACCUGGCCAUCGCCGAGGGCGGCGACGCGGCGGUGUCCGCGAAGCGGCGGUCGCACGGCGGCUACGGCCGCUACGUGCGGGAAAUGGACGAUUACCUCGCGGACUUCUGGAAGCGGACGCAGCCCCUCGUGGACCUCGAGCCGCUGUUGAAGCCGGCCCUCGACGCCUUCCACGUCGCCUGGGACGCGAGCCGGACCGACGCGCUCGAGGGCGACGAGCUCGAUUUGGGGCCCUACGGCGCCGCGGCGGAGCUCGAGGCGCUGGGCCUCGACCGGCUCAAGCGCGCGCUGGCGGCGCGGGGCCUCAAGGUCGGCGGCGACGCCAAGGCGCGCGCGGCGCGCCUCUUCGCCGUCAAGGGCCUCGCGCCGGAGGACGUGGACCCGAAGCUCCGGCAGGGCCGGAAGCGCGCGCGCGACGGCGACGGCGCCGCGGGCCCGGACCGGACGUCGAAGAAGUACGCCGUGGCGCUGGGCGAGGCCCGCGUGCGCUGCCUGCUGUCGCAGCACCUGGAGACGGUCCUCGACGCGACGCUGCGGCGCGCGGAGCGCAAGCUGACGCGGACGACGGACGAGAUCCGCCAGGAGCUCCGCGACGAGGAGUUCGGCGUCGAGACGGCGGCCGUCGAGGAGGAGGAGGAGGAGGACGAGGAGCAGGCCAUCGACGCGCCCAUCUACAACCCGAAGAACCUGCCCCUGGGCUGGGACGGCCGGCCCAUCCCCUACUGGCUCUACAAGCUCCACGGCCUCGACGUGUCCUACGUCUGCGAGAUCUGCGGCAACCAGACCUACUGGGGAAGACGCGCCUUCGACCAGCACUUCAACGAGUGGCGCCACUCCCACGGCAUGCGCUGCCUCCGCAUCCCCAACACGAAGCACUUCCACGGCGUCGUCAAGAUGGACGACGCCGUCGCGCUCUGGGAGCAGCUCCAGGAGAAGCAGGACGCGGAGGCCUUCAAGCCCGAGCGCGACGAGGAGUACGAGGACUCCGACGGCAACGUCCUCAACCGCGCGACCUACGAGGACCUCGCGCGGCAGGGCCUCCUCUAGGGCGCGUCGGCUAAGCUUUCGAAAGUGCCCC